ACUCUGUUUCUGGAGACUUGUUCUUCUUCUCCUCUUGAUCUAUACUCAAUUGGGUUUCAUAUCCAUUUUUAGAUCUCUGAUAUUCUUAGAAUAAUUUCAUCACUAAAUACUCCAUUUUUGGUUAUGGAAGAGCGAAAUCGGAGGAUCUUGAUCCAAUAUACAUUGUUGCUAUUGGCCUGUUGCUUUGUGUCUCAAUUAUACGCCUCUUCAGAUGUGAAAUUUUACGAGUCAUUCGAUAAGGCAUUUGAUGGGCGUUGGAUUGUGUCUGAGAAGGAGGACUAUAAUGGUGUGUGGAAACAUGCCAAGAGUGAAGGACAUGAUGACCAUGGGCUUCUUGUGAGUGAGAAGGCAAGGAAAUAUGCUAUUGUCAAGGAGCUUGACGAUGUUGUCGACCUUAAAGAUGGAACUGUGGUUCUUCAAUAUGAAGUUCGCUUCCAGGAAGGACUUGAGUGUGGUGGUGCUUAUCUUAAAUACCUCCGCCCCCAGGAGGCAGGAUGGAUCCCUAAGGAAUUCAAUAACGAGUCUCCCUAUACUAUAAUGUUUGGACCAGAUAAAUGUGGAGCCACUGACAAGGUUCACUUCAUCUUGAAACAUAAGAAUCCUAAGAGCGGGGAGUACAUUGAGCACCACCUUAAGUUUCCACCAUCUGUACCUUCUGACAAACUAACCCAUGUUUACACUGCUGUACUGAGACCAGACAAUGCUUUGCUGAUCUUAAUUGACGGGGAAGAGAAGAAGAAGGCUAACUUCCUUUCAAAUGAUGAUUUUGAGCCACCUCUUGUUCCUGUGAAGACCAUUCCAGAUCCAGAUGAUAAGAAGCCCGAGGAUUGGGAUGAGAGGGCAAAAAUUCCAGACCCAGAUGCUAAGAAACCAGAUGAUUGGGAUGAGGAUGCACCAAUGGAAAUUGAAGAUGAGGAAGCUGAGAAGCCUGAGGGAUGGUUGGAUGACGAGCCUGAAGAGAUCGAUGAUCCUGAGGCAACAAAGCCUGAAGAUUGGGUUGAUGAGGAAGAUGGUGAAUGGGAAGCUCCAAAAAUUGACAACCCAAAGUGUGAAGAAGCCCCUGGGUGUGGAGAAUGGAAAAGACCAAUGAAGAGCAAUCCAGCUUACAAGGGAAAAUGGCAUGCUCCACUGAUUGACAACCCCAAUUACAAGGGUAUUUGGAAGCCAAGGGAUAUUCCAAAUCCCAACUACUUCGAACUCGAUAGGCCCAAUUUUGAGCCUAUUGCAGCAAUUGGCAUUGAAAUCUGGACAAUGCAAGAUGGUAUAUUAUUUGACAAUGUCUUGAUAACAAGUGAUGAGAAAGUUGCAAACUCAUACAGGAACACUGCAUGGAAGACCAAGUUUGAUGUAGAGAAAGAGAAGCAGAAGGCUGAGGAAGCAGCGAUCUCUGGUGGGCUCAAUGGAUUCCAGAAAAUGGUAUUUGAUCUCCUCUACAAGGUGGCUGAAAUUCCCUUCUUGGGCGAACGCAAGUCCAAAGUACUGGAUUUUCUUGAAAAGGCCGAGAAACAGCCCAAUCUCAUAGUUGGUGCAGUCAUAUCAAUCAUAAUUGUCAUUUUCACAGUUCUCUUGAAGCUCACCUUUGGUGGAAAGAAGCAGCUACCUGCAACAGCUACUGGAAAGGCUAAGAAAAGUGAUGGCGCUGAGGCAUCAAGUUCAAACAGCCAAGGAGCCACGGAGGAGAAAAAAGAGAAGAAUGAGGAUGCUGCCGCAGCUGCUCGUAGGAAGACUAGACGUGAAGAUUAGGGAUGGGAAAGAGGGACUAGUGACUGCUAGAAGGACUUAGACGUUUGAAUUAGGUGUUAUGCUCUUCUUUUGUUUCCCUUUAUUACAUUUUACUUCAUUUUCCCCUUAUUGCCUAAUGGCCAGGCGAGCAAAUAUGUCGCCAAUUUUUGAGAUUUUUCCUCGGAACAAGCAAAUGUAUGACGAUGUACAAUGACACAGAUCCAUAUCACUAGGCUAUUCUUCCAUAUUUUUUGAAUUAAACGAUUCUUGUUGAAAUUGCUUA